AUGGCCAGCAGACUCCGUUUGUCCUCCCUGUGUUUCUCCCUCCUGCUCCCUGCACUGUUGCUCCUCCACCUGCCCGGCACGGUGAAAGGGGACUGCUGGCUGAUAGAGGGGGAUAAAGGCUACGUUUGGCUGGCUAUCUGCAGUCAGAACCAGCCUCCGUACGAGACCAUCCCCCAGCACAUCAACAGCACGGUCCAUGAUCUGAGGCUGAACGAGAACAAACUUAAGGCUGUGCUCUUUACCUCCAUGUACCGCUUCACUAACCUUACUGACCUCAAUCUUACCAAGAACGAGAUCAGCUACAUCGAGGACGGAGCCUUUGCUGGACAGGCCAACCUACAGGUUCUCCAGCUGGGCUACAACAAGCUGACGAACCUUACCGAGGGCAUGUUGAGAGGUCUGGGUCGAAUGCAGUGCCUCUUCUUGCAACACAACCUUAUCGAGGUCAUUGCCACCAAUGCCUUCUGGGAGUGUCCCAGCCUCAGCAGCCUGGACUUAUCUUCCAAUAAGCUGUCCCGUCUUGACCCUUCUACCUUCACUGUCCUAAACAGACUGAUGGUGUGUGAGCUUGCAGGAAACCCUUUCCACUGUGGCUGUGAGCUCUACAGCUUUCUCACCUGGCUGGACUCGUUUAACAAUGUCACUCACACCUACGACCGCCUCCAGUGCGAAACCCCUUUGGAAAUGACUGGUUAUCCGCUUCUGAGCCCGCUGCCUGGACACGGUAGAAAUGCCCGUUACACUCUUUUAUCAAUGUGUCGGGAUGGCGUGAUAAUUCCCGGUAUGACCUCCCAGACACCAGAUCAGGAUGGUUCAGGUAUGGGUUUGGAAAACCCAGACCAAGGUCUGUACCAUCAACCAACCAUAUCAUCCACCGCUGACCCCACCUAUAACCAUCAGAUUUCUAUGAAGCUUCAAACGGUCUCCCUCUUCACUGCUUCUCUUCUAGUGCAGAUCCCACGACCAUACAGUAAGAUGUACAUCCUCUCCCAGUACAACCAGACUUUUGUGGCAGAUAUUAAACCCCUUAAAAACAAGCGGGAGACAGUCACUUUGGACAAACUGAAACCUCACACGAACUACACUUAUUGUGUGGCUUCUGUGAGCAAAACCCAGCGCUACAACCACACCUGUCUGUCCUUUACCACACGAGCUUUGGGGGCAGGAGACCAGCGAACCAAUUCAUCCACAACUACCCACUACAUCAUGACCAUCUUGGGAUGUCUGUUCGGCAUGGUCAUUGUUCUUGGAUUUGUCUAUUACUGUCUCAGACGGCGACGCAUCCAGGAGGAGAAGCAGAAAGCUAUAAGUGUGAAGAAAACUAUUUUGGAGAUGAGGUAUGGCCCAGAGGCUGCUGCGGCAGUGGCCAAUGACCCCGGCGCCAUGCAGCGCCUCCAGGAGCAGGCUCACCACCAGCACCACCAUUCAGGAGGAGCAGGAGGCAAGCUGCCCCAGUCUGCCUCCUCUAGCACAGGCAUGCUUCACGGCUCAGCCAACACUAGCUCUUCUCGCCUCUCCACCUUGCCACAGGUGGAGAAAAUGGCUACUGCCUUCACUGAGGCAAUGGGCAGCAAGGGCAACUACAUGGAUGUGAGGACGGCAGGAGUGGCAGGGGAAGGCAGGGAGGGAGGGGUGGGAGCUGGAGGAGCAGUGAUAGGAGGGGAAGUAGUUGUGGAUAUGCGAGGUGGGGCUGAGAAUGGGACAGAGGCUGGGGAGGAUUCGGAUGACGAUGGCCGUGGCUCAGCGUCCGAGAUCUCCACCAUCGCCAAGGAGGUGGACAAGGUGAACCAGAUCAUCAACAACUGCAUCGACGCCCUGAAGCUGGAUGCCUCUGCUAAUGUUGUCACCACCGCUGACAAUAGCAACUCGGUGUCCUCCGCCCAGCCACCAGCUUGCAUCGCCUCCCUACCCCGCAACCUCCUACCCCUCUCUCCGGGCCACCCUGGAGAUCAGAUCAUGGCCUCUUCUCCAAAAGUGCAUCCAAAGUCUCACCCCCAGCCUCAUCCUCAGCCUCAUCCUCAGCCACAUCCUCAGCCACAUCCCCAGCCUCAUCCUCAUCCUCAGCUACAUCAGCCGCCUCACCCUCCUUCUAUGGCCCCAGUGCCCCUGGUCAUGCCACUAUCUGAGCGGCCAGGAAUUAGUGGUGGGGGGUUCCUCUCUCCUCCUUACCGUGAUCCACCACCAGCCAAUGCAGUGCGGCCCCUUCAGAGGCAGAUGAGCGCUGACACUGCUGUGGUGAAGAACCGUUGCGGUGCCCCUGUUGUAGGAUCUGCAAAGAGCAACAGGGUGUACAGUGUGGAUAUCCCUGAGCAGCGCAGUGAUCCUCCCAAGUACCCAACAGAAAAGAGCAGCCCUGUCGGUUGUAGUGGAGGCGGUGGAAGUGGAGGAGGCGGUGCAGUAGUGGGCUGCAAUGGGAAUGGGAUGGGAAACAUAAAUGGUGGAGGGGUGAGCGUGAAUGGGGGUGGGAUGGGGUGUAAUAAUGGGAAUGGAGGUGGAGGUGCGGUGGUUGGCCCCGGACAGCAGCAGCAGCACCACUUGGAGGUUCAACCAGACUACCACAGCUCCGAGCACCGCCACUCCUUUCCUGCACUCUACUAUGAGGGUGGCAACGAGUCACCCUCCCCGGCCCAAAAGGCCUCAUUCCUCAAGCCACUGGGCCGCACCAAGAGGGAUGCCACAGCCACCUACUCCCAGCUCUCACCUUCUCGUCACCACAACUACAACUCUGGAUACUCCUCCAGUCCAGAGUAUUCGUCUGAGAGCACACUGCGGAUCUGGGAGCGAUUCCGGCCUUACAAGAAAAGCCCCAGAGAGGAAGCAUCCUAUAUAGCGGCAGGCCACGCCCUGCGUAAGAAGGUGCAGUUUGCCAAGGACGAGGACCUUCACGAUAUUUUGGACUACUGGAAGGGGGUUUCUGCCCAGCAGAAGCUGUGA